AUGGUCGCAGCGCUAAUCUCGCGCUUCAACGCGUUCUACGCCCAUAGCUACGAAGUUCACCCGAUGCGCACCCUUGUGCUGGCAAACGGGACGUUGCAAUCAACGGGCGAUCUCAUUGCGCAAGGCGCGAAUGCGGUGAUCUCGUAUAAGCAACAUGGGCGAUGUGAACCAUGGGAUGCGGCGCGCACGGCGCGCUUUGCGGCGUUUGGGUUUGCAAUGGGACCGUUCGUAGGCAAGUGGCUGAUAGCGCUCGACCGCGUGUUCCCUCUUCCCAAGGUCGGGAGUCCUGUGCCGGCGGUUGCGAAACGGGUCCUAUCGGAUCAGCUGGUGUUUGCCCCUGCUGGUCUCGCGACGUUCCUCACGUUCAUCGGCCUGCUUGAGGGCAAGAGCGUACCCGAGAUCAAGACCAAGUUUGACGACGUGUACAUGAUGGCUCUCAAGGCCAACUGGAGCGUGUGGCCCGUCUUUCAGGCCGUCAACUUUAGCCUUGUCCCGCUGCCAUACCGUCUCCCUGCGCAACAGGGCGCCGGCAUUCUUUGGACGGUGUUCCUCAGCAUGGUGAACGCGCGACAGGACCACAAGGCAGAGGUCGAAGCCAUGCUCCACGCCAAACACGAAAAGCCGAAGGUGUAA